AUCGAGAAAUUUAGUCGUCAAAGAGUUGUAUCACUUAGCGAUUCGUUGGCAUUACGUUUUGUAAAUUGGUUCAGCUUCCGCACAGCCGCGACGGUGCUGGUGGGACGUGCGUAGGUAGAAUGUGUCAGAAGUGGACGGUGGAUUUACUCGUACAUUGUGCAUAUAUAGAAAUAUAAGAAGUUAUGGACGUAGUUACAAGUCAAUUAUUGCGACAGUAAUUCUAUAUUACUCUGGUCUUUUAUAAUAUCAUAUAUGUACAUAUACAUAUAUACAUACAUAUAUACAUGAAUGUACCUGAGUGGUCGUUUGUGUGAACGUGUGUGUAGCUGUCUUCGAGCAAUUGAGUUAAUUGCUACAAACCAGUUGGAAGUGUUAAUUAGUUGUCAUAAUUAAGAGCGGUGAAUCGAUGUGAAGUGCUAGCCUUUUGCCUUUGUUAAUGGCAAUGUGAAAGACAAGUGAAAUUGAGUGAAGCUGCGUACGAAUUGCUUUAAUUUAAACACACUCGCAUAAGAAUUAGAAGUAAUUUCUUCAUCACUUAACUACUUCUACUACAAACAUACGUACGUACAUAUAGUACCUAUAUUGAUUAUGGCCACGAACGGCAAUGGCUAUUCGCGCAAUUCGAAUGGCGCUUUAGCGCCAAACGGCACAACGACCGUUCUUAAGUACGAGAAAUCGUCAUGUCUCUUCUGCAACGAAUGGUUCGACUCACAAACUUUUACGGAACACCUCAUACAUUGCGGCCAAGUACUAGAGCAGUGCCCGAAUAGCUGCAACGCCUUUGUGCCACGUAUUCGUAUGCGCACACACCUAAAAGAGUGCCCCCGAGCCAAAGCACAGCCACAACAAUCGAAUAGCCUCGAACGUCUCGAUCAAUUCAUGGACAAUCGAAUAAAUCAGCUGGAAAAAGAUUUGAGCGCGCUGCGUUCGGUACUCAAUGAGGAGAUCGGCCAACGACUGCAUCUGAUCACAGAUGUUGGGAAUUUGCGUAAAUACAAUCAGGUCUUGGAGGAUUGGAAACACGAAUCCGAUGAAAGUGUCAGAGGCGUCAAAGCGCUACUCAAUGAGGAGAUUGUGCAACGACAGUUCGAGGUGGGCGAGGCCUACAAGGACAAUGUGGCCAAUUUCGAAAUGAUAAAGAAAGUCAAAGCCGACAUACAGGGGGAAAUGGAUGUGUUGCAAAAGAAUAUACAACAAUUGUCGCUGGAAGUGGCAGAACAUGUGAACCAUUUAAACGAUAACACCAUGAAACUGGAGGAGAUGAUCUUGGAAAAUGAGAAGAAGAAUCUUGACAAAUUCAUCGAGAUCGAAGAGUUCUUAAAUGUACUGGAUGGAGACUUGAAAACCAAGUUUGUCGCUAAUAGCGAUUUGAAUGCGAAACAGGCGAAUAUGGAUCUUGAGGUGAAGAGCAUGAAGAAUAUAGUUUGCGAGACGGAAGAACGCUGUGAGAAGUUGGAGGGUAUAGUGAAUCAAAUCGACACUAAACUGCAUCAAACCAUGCAAACCCUGGCGGAUUUAGAGAACCAUUUAGCCACUCAACAACGGCUCACCAGCAUACAAAAUACAAGAGGUCACUUGAUUUGGCGCAUCAAAGAUUUCUCGAAGAAACUGGAGGAGGCGAAGCAAUAUGAAACGAUACUGCAUAGCGCCAUGUUCUCCAACAAGCCAUAUGGUUAUGCGCUGCGCCUCGACAUACACCCGAACGGUAAAGGUACGUGGAAGGGCCGCAACUUGAUCGCCUGCCUCAAUGUAAUCGCCGGCGAGUACGAUGCGCUACUGUCCUGGCCGUGUCGCCUGCAAGCCGACAUAAUCAUACGCGCUCAAUUCAACAAUGCCGAGGAAUCGCAGGAUUAUGUGAAGACGAUUCUGGUGCGCAAGAAGAACGACGAGUUCAUACAGAACAACCAGUACUUUCAUAUACCACAUAAAAUUAUAACGAAUUCGAACUUCUUGCGUAAUGAUUCUUUAUAUGUGGAGGUGCGGGUUUUAAAGUGACCUUGCGAGAGAAGACGUAAUUAUACUUUUACUAUAUAGAACUAGUUAGGUAAACCAGUUUGUAAGCGAAGCAUUUUUACUUAUUUCAGUUCAAAGUAAGAGAGAAUCAUAAUUUUGUAUAUAUGUACAUACUUAUACCAGAUUCCGUUUAAAUUAAUAAACGUAUACAUUUGUACUAAUA